AUGCCCCCGGCAGCCCCUGACGAUUUGAUCCGCCAGCACAGCCGGUCUUUAGAAGACGAUCCCUCCGUAGCGCCCACCCUGUCAGCCCCCACCAACAGUAUUCAGGAGCAUGAGCCAAGUGGAAAAAGCAAAAAGAAGAAGAAUGGUAAAAAGGCCAAGGGGGGCAAGGCAGCGGCCGAAGCACCCCAAGUGGAUAUGAUACCGGCGGUGCCUGCCCCGGAGGAGCCGCUCUCGUAUCCAGAUGCAGAUCCGGAUCCUUCACUGGAUCACGAUGUACCUCUCGCCGUAGCCUCGCCGGUUCUCGAUGCGAUUGCCUCUAUCGAGCAAUCGCCAGACAACGACCUCACCUCGCGGACCGAUACCUGGGCACAGGCAGUACCGUAUGGCAAGAGCCCGCCGGCAGAUUUAAUGGAUGGAGACCUUCCCAACGAAUCUCCCCUGAACUUUCCAACCAUUCAGGAACGCGGCGGCUUUGAUCAUCCCUCCUCUGCAUCUCCGCCGACUCGCAUUCGCCCGUUCAGUUACGGGAGCGGGUACCGAAGCAAUAUGCACUCACGCCAGCAGUCCGUUGACCGGCGAAAGAGCCACUCCUACGGAAGUCCAAUGAGCAAUAUAGCUCCGCCUCCGCAUCUGCCGCAGGCCCAUUUCUACGGCGCCCCGGACAUUGAUCUUCCCACUCAGAGCCGUCCAGGUGACGGUGGAUACUCCUUCUGCAGCUUUGACACCCUGCCGAGCAUGACGGCCAAGACUCCGCGCACGCCGAUGAAUGUGCUCGUGAUCGGUACCGAUGGCGCAGUCGAGGUUCACGCUGUGGAAGAUCGUCGAGCUCGAUUGGUGGGGCAGAUCAGUGGGUUGAAUGGUCGGGUACUUGAGGCGAAGAUCCUGUCUGGACAUCUCUCUACUGAUGCAGGUGCUUCAUCUCAGCCACACAUUGCUGUCGUCGUUCAUGGGCCUCUUCCCCCCAGCGAAGAGGAAGGUCCGGUGUCUGCCACUGGCUCGGAUGUGAACGAGGUUUCCCCUUCUAUGGUUAAGGGCCAUUCAGGGGACAAGCGAUCUGUGAGGGCCGAGGCUCCAUUCUACCAGACCAGAGUAGAGGUGUAUUCCCUCCGAUCUGGCGAACAUAUGGGAACACUGUUUGCCAGCAAGCCAGUGCCCUCGCCAGAGAAUAUUCCGGGCCUCCUAUCCUUGGCACCGGCCCCUGUGGGUGGUUUGAGACUUUUCCACAGUGGCAACCAUGUCGUUGUCGCUUCCGGAAUCAGUGGUGAGGUUUAUGUCUUCAAGAAUACCCCUUCGGAUGGCUAUCAGUGUCUGGGAAAGACCUGGACCAACGUUCAGACUGGAGAAGCUCGGCGAUACUCUACUUCGUCCAGUUCCACCGAUGCGGAAGGGUCGCACCAUGAUAUCCCCCGCACUUUUGUCACGGAGCGACCAGUCUUGACUAUUCAAGGAAGAUUCUUGGCAAUCGUGCCUCCCUCCUCUCAUAGAGCAACCAUCCAGGGAACGGUCCCCGCUCAUUUGAUGCAUGGCAGAGCCCAAGGAAUGGAGACCCGCAGUCCGCCAACCGUGCCAUCCGUGAAUUGUGCGACAGACGCAGGUGAAGGAGAGAGCUUCCUGGACAAGGUUGCCCGAGGUGUCACACAGGAGCUGGUCAAAGGUGCCCGGUGGAUGGGUGACCAAGGACUUCAGGCAUGGAACAAUUAUUGGAACAGCGGGCAAUCCUCUUCGCCGAGUACCCCACCAUUGCGACCAGUCCGGGCCCCAGACUCCCCUGGACAUGGUUAUGGGCUGUUCCCACCGACACAUGCCCUAGAUACUCAGGUAACCUCGUCGCCUGAACCCGAUGCGGUCUCUAUUAUCGAUCUCAAGCGAUUCGAUGAUGGGGUGGACGCCAAAGCGGCAUCCCUCAAUCCAGUGGCAACGUUCCAGGUCCCCAAUGGCUGUAGUUACCUCUCACUCUCACCCAAUGGAUUGAUGCUCUUCACUGCAAGCAAGAAAGGAGAUGUGCAGUAUGUCUGGGAUCUGAUGCAGCUCAAGCACUGCCGUGCCAUGGCGUUCAUGGCUGACGAUCAAGGUGGUCAUGGCCCCAAUGUUCGACAGAUUGCCCGAUACGCGCGGUUGACCACGUCGAGUAUUGUGGAUGUGAUUUGGACGGCCCCGGUUGGUGAUCGACUGGCUGUCAUCACGCGAAAGGGAACUGUGCACGUCUUCGAUUUACCUCGAAGUGCAUUCCAGUGGCCCCCGUUCCGUCGUGCUCGCCCAUCCGCGAAGAAAUCUCAAAGUGUCGACCACACGGGUGACGAGCUGUCGAGUCCAGUGGCGGCUGGAAACCCGCUCUCCGCAGCGAUGACUUUCAUGGGUGGCAAGACGCAGCCAUUCCUCUCUGCGGUCCGAGGUCGGGUUCAGUCAACUGGCAGCGGUUUCCAGCAUGUGAGUGGCUUCGCUCUGCCCACCGCGGCGAGCAUCAAAGGUGGCAAGGUUGUUGCAGCAGGACUUAGUAAGUCGAUGGGAGCAGCAGCCACCGGCACUGUGCAGACGCUCCGGCAUGUCGGCGAAAAUCGACUUCACUUGUCAGGGCUUGCACGGGAUCCCGCUCCGUCACGAGUGAUAUGGGUUGUGAAUAAGGGACACAUCUUCAUGGGCUCGGUGGACGAGGGGCAGUUCAAGCUGUACCGUCUCAAGCGAAGCACCUCCACCAACAAGAAUCGUCAGUCAUACUCCGUUAUUGGAGCGAAGGAGGUCCAGUUCAAAUUGCCUGCCAAUAUGCAGAGCAUUUGUGGACCGGCACCUCUUGUGCCUUACGAUUCGGAGAAGGUCAUUCAGGCGUCUCUUCUCUUGCCUUCUGCCAGUUCCCAGCCUGGCAACGUGGGCAAGACCUUUUGCCAACCGCUUUCUCAGGUGGAGAUCGAGACCAACACGCCCUACCAACCGUUCCACACCGACCAGCGUGUGAGCCUUCACGUGUAUCCCGCUGACAGCAAAGCACAUGUGCCUAGCGGUCAGUGGGUCUUUGGUGAUGACAUCCCCACUACCAAAGUACUUGUGAGAUCAUACAACACCAGCGGUGAUGACCAGGAUGGCGAAGCUGAUGCGGACGCUGGCAUCCGCGGCGACUCCUUCGGGGCCGGCGGGGAAAUGGAGAAUCUCAUCACCCUUGGGAACAGCACCGGCAAUGUCGAGGAAGUGGUCAUCACCACUCGCCGGAAGAAGAGAAACUCCACUCCCCUCAAGGCGGAUGAUGGGUUUUUCGAGGAUGACUGCGAAGUUUUGGAUUUUGCGCGGGACCGAGUUUGA